UCUACGUACUCCGUUUAGGAAUUUUCCCAAAAUAUGAAGAAGGAAUUUUCUCUCUCCUCCAAAUUUCUCUUCACUCUGAACUUCAAUUCUCUCUCUCCUUCUUCAGCGCACCCAAUUGAUUGUUACAAAUUCCCCAGUUUGUUUUAAUUGCCAAAAAUAUAACCCAGAAAUUUAAGAAGAAAGGGGGAGAUCCAUUAACUUAUGAAUCUCUCACUCUCAUAAUAAAAUCUACGCAAACCCUACAACAAUGGAGGUUGCCGGCGCCGAGAGUAAGUGAGUGGAGAUUAGAAUUUCUUAUCGGCAAAGGUUCCGGAGGAAAGAGACAGAGGAACCAAGGGAAAGACAUUUUAAAACGGUCAGCUACAGUAGCUGGACCCGGGUCUAGCCAAUAAUUUGCAAUCCUCCUCCUCUUAAAACCUAACUAUUCUUCCCAAACAAUAAAACCAGCAUCGGCGCCGCCUCUGCCAACCACCUCUCCUUCUCUGCUGCUGUUAUUCUUGUUGACAAUCUUGACAUGCAUAUGGGACUGUAUCAUAUACAUCUUUGACAUUUAGGUGCAUGAUGAGGAGUUUGAGGCAAUGGGAAAUGACGCUUGCACCUCGAGAUGAAGGAGAGGCAGCGUUGGACUAGUGAGGAGGACGCUUUACUUAGUGCAUAUGUUAGGCAAUUUGGGCCAAGAGAAUGGCAUCUGGUCUCCCAGCGAAUGAACACACCCCUUGAUAGGGAUGCCAAGUCUUGUUUAGAAAGGUGGAAGAAUUACCUAAAACCAGGGAUUAAGAAAGGUUCACUCACAGAGGAGGAGCAACGCCUUGUGAUCCGUCUCCAAGCUAAGCACGGGAAUAAAUGGAAGAAGAUCGCCGCUGAGGUGCCAGGACGUACUGCUAAAAGGCUAGGCAAGUGGUGGGAGGUGUACAAGGAGAAACAGGAGAGAACAAAAAAGGAAACCAGCAAGUGCUUAGAGCCAAUUGAAGAGGGCAAGUACGACCAUAUUUUGGAAACUUUUGCCGAGAAGUUAGUGAAAGAACGGACUCCCCCGGUACCAACAUUUCUUAUGGCAACCUCCAACGGGGUCUUUUUACAUAGUAGUGAUCAUCCUUCUCCCCCGGUGCCCCCUCCUCAUCCGGUUCCUUCCACGUCAGCAAUGCUUCCUCCAUGGCUUUCAACUUCUAAUGGUGCAAGGCCUCCAUCUUCUCCUUCGGUUACCUUAAGUCUGUCGUCAUCAAUUGUCCCUACGCCUGCCCCAACUCCAAUGGCUUGGCUUCCACAAGAAAGAGGACCACAUAAUAUUGAUAAUUCACCUCUUAGUUUGGGGUGCUUGCCAUCUUGUCCUGGUGCACUUUCUGAGCAAAUGCUCAUGUCAGAGCUAUUGGAUUGCUGUAGAGAAUUAGAUGAAGGGCACCGUGCUUUGGAAGCUCAUAAGAAGGAAGCUGCUUGGAGAUUAAAUAGGGUGGAGCUUCAAUUAGAGUCAGAGAAGGCCAGUCGUAAGAAGGAGAAAAUGGAGGAGAUUGAAGCAAAGAUAAACGCUCUUAGGGAAGAGCAGAAGUCUAACAUGGAGAGAAUCGAAGCAGAGUACCGGGAGCAGCUGGCUGGGUUUAGGAGAGACGCUGAAGCUAAGGAGCAGAAGCUGGCUGAGCAAUGGACUACUAAGCACAUGCGGAUAACAAAGUUGCUUGAACAGGUGGGGUGCAGGACCCGACUUCCUGAAUCAAAUUGAAUUUCCAGUUGUGAUAUCAUGUUUGUAUGGAUGAUUGAGUAAAACAUUAGUUAGCAAUUUGUGUACUUGCUACGUUCGCAUUGCCCUCUUGUAUUACCAAUUGUUGUAUUCUUGCAUGAAAGUGCAGCAACAAGAGGACAUUGUUUUUGUCAACAGCCGGUUAGACAGGGAGGCUGGUUUUAUAAGUGAUUUAGUUGAUGGUGUGAAGUUUCAUGCCCUCCCUGAUUGCUGCAUAUUAUCUGCACAAGUUUCAGAUGCUUAAAAUUCUAAAAA